AUGGCUUUACAUUAACUUUUAAGUGAGCUUUAACUUAACUUGUUUACUAUAUCAGAAUUAUAAGGCUUUCAUAACUUUCUAAAGCUACUCGACAUCAAUACUAAAUGCUUAGAGGUAGGGAAUUAUGCCUGCAGAAAAGAGUUUCAAAGAAAAUAUACCCAUUUACAACUUGAGGAAGUAUAAAUCAUUCAUACAAAGUUCGAUAAGCUAUAUAUCAAAGUAGCUUAAGAAUGCGUUGAUUUUAUGGUUGGAAUCAACAAAUUUUAAUUACCUAACAUUACUGUUUUUGAAAUCAGUCCUUACUACACACAGAUAAGCAAGUAGUUCAUAGAUGCAUGCGUAUUUCCAAAUCUGCAUACUUUGAUCGUCAAAUACCCUCUAAUAAAUAAUAGUUAAUUACAUGAAAUAUUAACCAGCUUCCACCAAGUAAAGAUGCUCAAAAUAUUAACUGCUUCAAAUUGCCAUACAAUAAAUGAUAGAGAUUUAGAAGAGAUGCUAAAAUAGAAAUACGAUAUGCCAUUUGUCAUGCUCAAAGAAAUUUGA